AUGAAAGUGGACAAGCUGCCGCGGUGGUUCCUGCCUCUCGAUGGGCUGAAAUCUGAGCCAGGACCGUUCGCUCGUGGCUCCUUCGGUGCGGUUCACCGUGGCGUCUGGAAGUCUGAGGACGUGGUGGUGAAACGAUGUUUUGUUGCGGACCUAGCAGAUGAUGACGUUGCGAUACAGAAGUUAGAAGCGGAAUUGAAUCUGUGGCAUCAGUUUGACAACAAGAAUGUCGUCAAACUAUUUGCCGCGUCACACGUCAGCACACCGCCGUUCAUCAUCAGCGAGUACGCGGCGAAAGGCGAUCUAGGAGCGUUUCUCGCGCGCUCAAAGAAGAACAAGAAGUACAUGUGGAGACUGUUGCAUGAAGCAGCGCAAGGGUUGGAUUUCAUCCACAAGAAAAGCGUAGUACACGGCAGCCUAAAGCUGAGCAAUAUCCUCGUAGAUUUCGACCGUACUGCGAAACUUUCGGACUUUGGUCUGAGUGCUCUUCGACCUCCACCAAGAGGCGUGAGCGACACUGACGGCUUGCGUCGGCGGGCACCCGAGUGUUUAAAGAACAAAGCGACCUUCGCUUCUGACGUUUACUCGUUCGCGAUGUGUAUUAUCGAGGCGGUGACGGGUAAAAUCCCUUUUAGUACCUUCGAUGAAGACGGCGUUCUCAAACGCUGCAAAAUGGAGAGAUGCCGGACACGCCCAAGCGGAUGCCGGAGGAAGCGUGGGAACUGA